AUGGGAUUAUGUAGUGGAAAAACCAACACCUCAAAAAAUAGUAAAUCAUAAAGUGAGAACAAUGUAAGGAAAAACAAUUAUUCUAGAAAAUUUAAAACUUAGGUUCAAAGUUACAAUCAUCACCUGAUUCUCAUUUUUAAAGAAAUAAUAGAUUUGGAAAUUUGUCUUAACCAAAUAGCGCUUAGCAUUAACUGACAGUGAUUUUAGAAAGUUAUUAGAUGCAAAAAGAAAAACUUAUAUCAUCUCCUAGAAGUAUAAGAUCACAUUAAACACUAUUAAUCAGCAAAAGAAAUGCUGAAAUGAAUAAAUUGUAAGAAAGUGAUUUCAUUCUUUCUGAAGAAUUGAAUAAAGCAGAUAAAUGUAUUUAUAAAUACUUUGUAAAUAAAUUUACUGGAAGGAUUUAUUAUACUAGUUCUGCUGAUUAAGGUGAAGAAACAAUUCACUCAAGUAAUAUUAGAUUGAAUAAAAGUGCACUUGUAAAUUAUAUUUUAAGUUUAGACUCAUCCUCACAUAAUAGAAAUUUUAGAAGUAGAAAAUGAAGAAUCAUAAUAAAAAGAUAAGUUAUACUUUGAAUAUUGUUCUUAAGAAAGCUUAUAAGAUUAUGUAGAUAAAAAUUAAGAUUUAAAUUUGGAAUAAAUUUCAAUAUUAGUUUCAUAAAUCAUUUCUAUUGUCAGCCAUCUUCAUUCUAAAUAAUUAUAUCAUAACAAUUUAGAUAUGUAAUCAUUUCAUUUUUUUGUGAAUUCAAAAUAUCAUUAUCUAAAAUUAACUAAUUUAAAUGGAAUAUUUCAUUUAAAGAAAAGAGAAUAUAGUAGUACAAAUUUUGAUGUAAUAGAUAAAAAUAAAUCAUCAGAAUUAGAUAUAUGGUAAAUAGGAUUAAUAAUAUAUUCUAUGAUUGUAAAAUUGAAUACUACAAAAAUUAAUAAUUAUAAGGAUUUAGAUAAUGAAUUAUGGUUAGAAUCAAUAAAAUCUAAUUUAAGACUUCCAUAAAAUAUAAUUGGAAUCAAUUUAAGAUCAUUAAUAUUAGCAAUGUUAUAAUUGGCACCAUAAUAAAGAAUUAAAAUAGAUUAGAUAAAAGAAAAUAAGUUUGUUUAAUCUGGAAAUUAUGAAUUCUUAAGAUUGCAUCAAGUUAAAUUAAUUCCAUAAAAUCUUCAUAAAAAAAUUAAUUAUUUAUAAAAGUGCUUUACUUUUUAUUUGAUUUAAUCUUUUGUUCCUCAUUAAUUUUUAAUAAUGAAAAAGAUUUAUGAUAUUUUAGAAAAAAAUGAAGAAAAUAAUUUGAAUCUUGUUAGUCUAAUCAAAUUAUUAUAAGAUUUAUUUUAAGAUUAAAAUGUUGGAUCAGAUUAUUAAUAAUUAAUAGAAUCUAACGAAUAAAUUUCAUUUUAAGAUUUUUUAAUAAUGAAUAGCAAUUUAAGUAGAGUUCUUAUAAUAGAAAAUUUAAGAAAAGGAUUCUAAAUAUUAUCAAAUAAGAGUUAGUAUAUAAGUAAAAAAAGUUUAGUCAAACUUAUGUAAACGGAUUAGUAAUCAUUAAAUAAAGAGUUCGAAAAACAUUGUUUGAAAUGGAGGGUAUUUAUAUAUAAUUUAAUAUUUAUUAGUUUACUUAUGAUCAUUUUAUCAAUUUUAUGGAAAAAAUAAAAUGA